GAUAUACCAUAAGUUCGAUAAUAGUUUUAUUAUUAUCGUAAAACGGUGUUGUAAAAUUAAUUGUCGCGAUCGUUUUGAUGAAUAUUCUCGGGCACGUUUUUACUUGAAAACCGGUUAAUUUUGAGUGACAGACAGUUCAUAUUCGAGUGAUUUAGGACAAUAUUGUUUUUUGGACUUUUGACUUUUUAAAGUUGUUGUGCAGUGAGUUGCAUGAAGGGACUGGUUCAGUGUGUUACCGGAAAAGGAAAAUAUUGUCCGUUUUGAGAGUAUUUUCGAAUUGUCAAAACGGAUUUCUUGGGAGUUCAAGGGUCACACCCAUGUCCGCCCAACCAUCAACUAGUCAGCGUGACCCCUUUUGGCGGUGAGGGUAUCCUGACUGCCGCCUCCGGGGUGGCAGUUGUCCCUCCACCACCUUCCACACCCAGUGCUACUACCAUGAACCAUCAGUUGAGCACUGUUUAUGCUACAAAAAGGAGAAGAAGAAAUGGAAAAAGUUUGAAACCGACACCUAAAGAUGGCGUGACCAAAAGUAAUCCCAGCAAAAGGCAUCGGGAACGGUUGAACGCCGAAUUGGAUACACUCGCUAGUCUUCUGCCAUUUGAGCAAAACAUCUUGUCAAAGCUUGACAGGCUGUCUAUCCUUCGUCUUUCCGUCAGUUAUUUACGCACAAAAAGCUAUUUUCAAGUUGUGAUGCACAAAGACAAAGAGGAUCAAAUCGGAUUGCAUCGGUCACGUGAUCUCACAGCCUUCGACCACACACCACUGGACGGUGAAAUGUUUUUACAGGCUCUCAACGGCUUCCUGAUGAUCCUUACUUGCGAGGGCGAAGUGUUUUUUGCUACUCAUAGUAUAGAAGGUUACUUGGGGUUUCAUCAGUCGGACAUAGUCCACCAGUCAGUUUAUGAACUGGUUCAUUCAGAAGACAGAGAAGAACUUCAAAGGCAACUGAUGUGGAACUCCUUCCUUCCACCUGAGUCAGCAAAUAUGGGCCUUCAGGAUGUCCUGAGUCCCGAGAAUGCUCACCUUUUGGAACGAAGUUUUACCGUGCGCUUCCGAUGUCUGUUAGACAAUACUUCCGGUUUUUUGAGGUUGGAUAUACGAGGGCGAGUAAAAGUGCUUCACGGUCAAAACAGAAAGUCAGAAGAGCCGCCGUUGGCACUAUUUGCCAUUUGCACACCAUUUGGACCGCCUUCGCUCCUAGAGAUUCCACAGAAAGAAGUUAUGUUUAAGAGUAAACAUAAAUUGGAUCUGGCACUUGUCUCAAUGGAUCAAAGGGGCAAACUUCUGUUGGGCUACUCCGAUUCGGAGUUGGCCAACAUGGGUGGAUAUGAUCUUGUUCAUUACGAUGAUCUUGCAUAUGUGGCCAGUGCGCAUCAAGAGUUGUUAAAAACUGGCGCGUCCGGUAUGAUAGCAUACAGAUUCCAAACCAAAGAUGGCCAAUGGCAAUGGCUGCAGACUAGUUCUAGAUUAGUGUAUAAGAAUUCAAAGCCAGAUUUUGUGAUAAGUACGCACAGACCCUUAAUGGAAGAAGAAGGUAGAGAUCUUCUAGGUAAGCGCACUAUGGAUUUUAAGGUCAGUUACCUGGACGCAGGUCUUCCUAAUACGUAUUUCUCAGAAAAUGACCAAUUGCUGACGUCUCCAACGCAUACGUCAGUACCUUCGACUCCUACUAGAGUAAAUAGAAGAUAUAAAACGCAAUUGAGAGAUUUCUUAUCGACCUGUCGAACAAAACGUAAAUUGUCACACGGAUCAAGUGGUGGACAAGUAACGCCCCCUAAUAAUGCAGCUGUGACAACUUCUGUGGUGCCCUCUAUGCCCACUACAGUGGAAUACAUAGCAGAUGGCUGUACAGCGACAUACAAUAUGUACCCCGCUCCAUACGCAACAGCCACGACAGAUCACAUGAGCUACAUGACUCAUUCGGCAUCGAACUUUAAUCAUACCCUUUAUCCAACGGCAACAGCGCUGGACAAUCGGUAUCUGACCACGACCGAGAAUAUUUUUCAUCAAUAUAGGCCUCUUAGUAGUUACUAUCCCGAGUACCACCACCCAUCGCCUUCCACACCGUACAAUGGCUUCCUAGACAUGACUCCAAGGACGUAUGAUCCAGCGGCUACAAAUCCAACACACCAUCCAACAUAUAGAGCAGCUGUCGUAGAUGAUAAGCUGUAUCCUUGUCAUCAACAGGUUGUCGAAACUACGCCAGUGAAAUACCCAGCUUACGACGGAACCCGAAGUUAUGUGGUACCAAACAAUAAAUGCAUUGACGUAGGAUGGCCUUACUCAGUGAGUCCUUCUUCAGGUAUAAUACAGCCGGUGCAAGUGAUGAGUUCUGCUCAAAUUGAGUUGGCACCAAGCCCACAUAAGGAUAUCCUAAAAAAACAUUCUACAUCACCACAGCAUGGUCUCAUUCAACCUAAAAUUGAAGAAAUCAAACAGGACACGCCGCUAAUGCAGCCUCAAGACAGCCCUAGUAACCACCAUAUUGGGACACCUCAGCAUUUUUCUCCAAUAUCCACUUCUAACCAGGGAGAUAUGCCCAGCCGACAAACUGUAUUAAUGUGGGGAUCCCAUAAUUCAACACCAGUAAAUAAUAGAAGUCCUACAAGUGAUGGUGCAUCACAAGACUAUCAACAUCAUCAUAUCAAUUCAGUGCCUGUUAGCAUGCAUCACCAAGUUACGGCAGUUCCAGUCAGCAAUGAACACUGCGAAUCAAUUAAAGGCAUAGCAGAAAUCAACAGCCAUCACCAGUGGAACGAUCCUGAGGAGGGACCUACAAAAGUCGAAACGGUGGUCCAAAACGGCAAUCCCGAUAGCCCGAACCAGCACCACGUGAGCCAUCACAAUCAUCACAAUUCAAGAGUUGUGAUGGUUUUGUGAUGAAUCCGGUGCGUCUUCCCUUUUUUUUUGUAUAUAAUUAUGUAGUUGUAAAUAUGAGGUUGAUAUUCAAAUUGUGAAAAUUACAGUUUUAGCCUUAGAUAGGUGGUUUACCGAGUUCAACCUAAUUUUUACAACUCGAAUAUAUAAAUAUUUUUAAAUACUAGUUCUAAUGUUCAAAUUUGUAAUUAUUAAGGUAAGUGUUGAAGAAGAAAAUUUUACAAUACGGAAAUUUGCUUUUUCACAUAAAAUGCACAUAAAAAAUACUCCAUGCAUAGUGUUUAAUGAAUAAAACAUAUCUUCCUUAAUUUUAUUUCGCUAAAAUUUACAAAUUAGUCUUCUAAAUGAAAUGUCUAAAGGUCAGUGAAAUGUGAGCUUGGAUGUUUAGUAACUUAUCUAGUUAUUUAAAAAAUUAUUUGCCACAGUGACCCUUUUUCUUUAUUCAAGUGGAUUGACAAGAAAUAUCAUGAGUUAUCCGUUUCUUCAAUCCAGACAAUAACAAACAUAAGAAACUGAGCUAAUUAAAAGGUAAAAUUUGGAAAAAGUUGACCAAAUUUUGUUUGCAAACACACAAAUAAAAAUUUUAAUAUUUUGUCACUUUUAUCAUAAUUUAGAACUAGAUUAAAAUUUUCUUAAAUCCAGCUUAACAUUUUUUUAUUACCUGUAAUUUUUAUUGUGUAGAUAUCAUUUUGUAAUUAUUUAAAUAAUUCUUAUGUUGUUUAUUUUACUUUAGUUCAAGAUGAUCGUACACUAAACAUUUUAAGUAUUUUAUAAAGAAAUCUUCUGAAAUUGUAUGAAAUAUCCUAAAUACGUCCAACUUAAGUGUUUAGCUAGUAGAAGAUCUGAUCUGGAAAUCCACAUUUGGAUGCAAAUUUCACUUUCUUUUCUCAAUUGUUGCAACCUCAAAGGUCUCAGGACGGUCCAUAACUUAAAUUUCAAACUCCUUAACCAUUCUGUUGGCCAUUGCUAAAGGCAAUUGAUAAUGCGAGGAUUGACUCUCAAAGAGACAAUGCUCUAUCGGUCUAAAGUAUUUUUAGCACUGCAGCGUUGCCGCUUACAUAGAAGAAUAGCAACACCUUUAAUUUUUUAAAUGGAAUACUCUGUAUAUUUUAAGAUAUUUUGAUUUUCUGUUUUGUUUUGUCAAAAUUGUUUAGUUCGCAGCUAUUUAACCAACCAUUAGCAACUAUUUAGGCCAACGUACGGAUCCUUGGUUUCCAAUCCAUUUGUUAGGGAACAAUUCAUUUAAUAAAUUGGUGACGCAUCGUCCAUUAUGGGGUGAUGCACCGCCCUGUUGCCACCAUAGUUGACGUAAUAUAUUAAAGGUUCUUCCAUUAAGGAAUUAAUUAUAUUGGUAUUUAUUAAUUCUGCAUAUCUUUCGGUCUAAGAUUUCUUUCAAGAAAAAAACGGGCCGAUAAUUUUAUUGUGCUACAUACCGACCCAUAUAUUAAAUUAUUGUUGUCCCUACGUCUUACUUCUUGAUUCUGCCUUGGAUUUUCUAUUUCUAUAGUCUUCGUUAUAAAAUUACGCGACAGUUUUACCACUAACCAAAACUCUUUAUUUUUACUCUCGACACGUGUUUCGCUAACGAUGUUAGCAUCUUCGGGAGAAGAUUAAAACUAAAUAUACUAGCACAGUAAAGAGAACGUUUUUAUUCCUAUAAAAAAUAUAUUUUUUGUCUUUCUCUUUAACAUAUGAGUCCUUAUGGAAAUAUCCAUUAAUAUUAAAUCGUUGAAUAAGUGCGAUACAUGAGAGUGAAUUAUUAAAAUAAAAAUUAUUCAUACAAGAGAAUGAAUAAUUUAUUUUGUUAUAUCUAUUCAAAUAGAGUCGUAAAAAAUGAAAUCGCCAGUAUUCGGUUUUUUCCAAAUAUCAUCGGAAGUAUUCGGAAUUUUUGAAAUUUUAAAAGGGCGUUUUGAUGAGCACCAAAUUGCGCAACUUUGCCUUGUAUCUCUUCUAGUUAACGAGAUCUCAAUAGUGAGACUCGAAAUUGGGACACCCUGUUCGUCCAUAAUACGCAAUUUUGUAAACGAUAAUACGUAAUUAAAUUUUAGGACAUAUAUAUAAUAUUAUUUCAUUUAUGAUAAGUAGCCCAGAUGUAUUAAUAUGCCAUUAAUUAAGGCACUUAUUAAUUAGUUAUUCAUUAAAUAUGUUUGUAGAUCGAUCAUCUUGGACGCGAUCAAUGCUAGUCAAUCAAUGGUUACUUGUAAAUUAUUUUGUACUAUAAUUUAUGAACUGUAAUAUUAAAUAUAAAAAUGUAA